AUGGCUCAGCCUGCACCCCUGAACCAGAACCUCCCAGAUCUUGGGGGCCCGUUCUUGUACCGGGACCAGGACGAUGGGGAGAAGAGCUCAUAUUCAGUGGAAACCCCCUAUGGCUUCCUCCUGGACCUGGAUUUCCUGAAAUAUGUCGAUGACAUCGAAAGCGGCCAAACACUCAAGAAAGUGCCGCUGCCUCGCAGGGCAAAAGGGGCCCGGCAGCCACCCAGCACCCUGCGCAGCCCCAGCAGCCACGCCAGCGCCUGGACCUCCACCGAGUCCCUCACCUCCACCACCAGCGAGGAGGGCAGGACUGCGCUGCUGCUGUCCCCACACGGCCGGCCGCCCCUGGAGCCCCCGAGCAAGCCAACCUCCCAGCCCCCGCCGCCGGUGCGGCUGCUCCCACCUCCCACCCGCAAGUGCCUCGUGCGAAACCCGCAGGUGGAGAAGACCUUGCUGGAGACAAGCAGGAGGCUGGAGCAGGAGCAGGGCCAUUUGCAGGAUAUCGGUGGUCCCUCUCGUGGUGGCCUGCCGGGUGCCCCGAGUCAGCCACCCCCCUGGGUGCCGGUGGGUGUCGAGGGCCAGGUGGGCUGGGGACGGGCGAGCCCCAGCAGCUCGGGGCGCAGCACGCCGGCAGCGGGGCUCAGCGCCGCCCCACUGCAGCACGUGCGGGAGCAGAUGGCCGCAGCCCUGCGGCAGCUCCGGGACCUGGAGGAGCAGGUGAAAACCAUCCCCCUCCUGGAGACGCAGAUCUGCGAACUGAAGAGGGAGAAGGCGAAGCUGAUGGAGAAGCUGUUAGCGGAGCCCAGUGAGGGUUUCGGCCACCCCUCUGGCUCUGAGACGGUGGCGGGGGGCAACGAGCUGCCCCGAGCAGGGCCAGAGAGUGAAGCGGAGCCAGCAAAGGGGCGAGCGAGCAAGAUUGCGGAGCUGAGGAAGCUGACGGAGAAGCUGGCCGUGCCGGAGCGGGGUGGCAGGGCUUGGCCAGGCAGGAGCCCCCGGGCCGCCGAGAGGCCGUGCCGCUCUGUGGCUGUGGGCGAGGACCGGGCCAUGACUGACGCUGUCUUCUACUACCGGUCGCAGCAGGAGGGCGGUGAUGCGCCGGACGGCGGGGCGAGGGAGCGCAGGGAUGCGGCCGUCUGGGUGCUGGAGUCCUCGCUGGGGCUGGCCAGCGAGGCAGAGCGGGAGCUGGAGCUGCUGCAGCAGACAGUGGGGCACCAGAAGGAGGUGAUCGCCCUGAUGGAAGGGCACCUGCGGGAGGCCACGCGGGAGCUGGAGGAGCUGCGGCUGGAGGUGUGCGCCCGUCGGCCCUGCGGGCAGGCAGACAAGGAGGUGACGGCCAAGCCGCAGGUGGCCGAGGCGGGGGGGGGCGGCCGCCCCGAUGGGCAGGCGGUGGCGUUCGGCCCGGAUUUGGCGGCCAGUUGUGAAGACAAGGGCAGCCAGACCGACGUGGGCAGUGCUGUCCCGGCAGGCGAGGAGACGCAGCCCGGCGCGGGCAAUGCCCCGAGCAGCCCCUCGGCGCAGGGCACAGGAGCAAUGGCGGGGACGUGCCAGGGCAGCCCAGCCCCCGGGGCAGCCACACCAGAGGCGACACACAGCGGCCGGGACCCAUCCCCGGCACGGGAUGGCAGAACUGCCCCGAGCCCUGCGGCCGGAGCCCUGAAGUCCAUCAUGAAGAAGCGGGAUGGUCCCCCCCGGAGCGAGGCCGAGGGCAGCAAGAAGAGCCUGCAGUUUGUGGGCAUCCUGAACGGGGAGUACGAGAGCACAUCCAGCGAGGAGGAGGAGGAGGAGGAGGAGGGCGACAGCUCCUCUGAGAAGGCUUCGGCCGACAGCUCCGACAGCGAGGAGCAGGGUGACACUGAAACCUCGGAUGAGGAGGCUGGGGAAGGCGAACACGAGCCAGGAGGGGAGCACGAGGGGGCCGGCGUGACCCUGCCGGAGCCCCCCGAGGUGAAGGAGAAGUUCGAGCUGAGCCCCAGGAUGCGGGAGGCCUGCCUCAUUGUCAAGACCCACCUGGGCCACCCCGGUGCCACCAAGAGCAAAGAGGCGCUCGCCAGCAGCAGCCUGGUCCUGCAGGAGUGGUUCCGUCUGUCCAGCCAGAAGUCGUCCGUCCCCGACACCGUUGCCAACCACCUCCUGGCCUUUGCCGAGGUCUCGCCGGCUCUCCUGGCCCACGUGGUGAACCUGGCAGACGGGAACGGCAACACGGCCCUGCACUACAGCGUCUCCCACUCCAACUUCCACAUCGUGCAGCUGCUGCUGGACACAGGGGUCUGUAACGUGGACCACCAGAACAAAGCCGGCUACACCGCGCUCAUGCUGGCAGCGCUGGCGGCUGUCGAGCAGGAAGAUGACAUGAACGUGGUCAGGAGGCUCUUCAGCAUGGGCAAUGUCAACGCCAAGGCCAGCCAGGCUGGCCAGACGGCGCUGAUGCUGGCCGUCAGCCACGGCCGCCAGGAGAUGGUGGAAGCCCUGCUCGCCUGCGGAGCUGACGUGAACCUGCAGGACGAGGAGGGCUCAACUGCGCUGAUGUGCGCCUGCGAGCACGGCCGCGUGGAGACGGUGAAGCUGCUGCUGGCUCAGCCCACCUGCAACAUCUCCAUCGUGGACAGCGACGGUAACAACGCCGUCGCCAUCGCGCUGGAGGCCGGCCACAGCAACAUCGCCGUGCUUCUCUACGCCCACCUCAAUGGCACGAAGGCGCAGCUGCCCCAGGGGACAUCACCGACAGCCACGAAGAGCCCUGGGAGCCCAAAGAAACCAAAUUAG